AAAUUUAAUUUUUUUCAUUGAGUAGUAUUUCGAAAAAAUUUCUAAUUAUUCUUCAUAGUUCACAUACAUAUUUUACGAAAGAAAACAUUUAAAAUAAUUUACAGCUUCUUGGUCAAUUGUGCUCAAAGACAGAAAAAAUCCGAACGAAAUUUGUUACUUUUUGUUUUGUUAUUCACCUACUCUUUUGUUGAGGCUAUGGCAUUAAUUAUUCUAAUGGAUUUAAGCUAGAGAAUUUUUAAAUCAAAGACACAAAAUUAGUCGGCAUACAAAUUUUCGGCUGUUUAGCUCAACGGUUGAUAUUUUGUACUGGAGGAAUUAAUAUCUUCUAUGUGGUGUGCUUUUGAAAGUCUAAUCAGAGCCCAUGAAAAAUUCAGAAAAAAUAAAAUCCCUGUUACACCUUUUCUACUUUUCAUAAGUGGCAACAUUAAAAUUAUAAAUUUCGCGAUAAAAAGCUGUAAAUAAGUCUGUGCAUUAAACCAGUAAAUUAAUAUCAAACGAAAACGUGGAGUGAAGAUAAAGUAAAUAUUAUUAUAGUUAAAAAAAACACUUUUUGUUGUUUUGCUGAAAGUGAAAUGUGACUUGAACGCAAUGAAUCACAAUUACGUGCGCGCUUGUUGAAGCAGGUAGUACGAGUAGAACUGCAGUGCAACAUACGGCGAACACUUGGAGUUGAAUCAUUACACCGACAAAAAUACAUACGAAUGUUGGGCUAAUUACUUUUUUAAUCAAACAUUUUUCAUUUGGUUUAUUUUUUGCACUUUAAUUUAUCGAUACUUCCACAAUAUUUUGGCAUCAUCUUUUCUACCGACUAAAAAUAUCGUGAAAGGGCUUGUGGAACAUCGUUACACAUCAUUAACAAUAUGAGGUCCCUAGUACUGGUAACGCUUUUGCUCCAGUGCCAACUGCACCUCACCAUCUCAGCAGAGAAUUCCACUGCUGUUCUGUCAAAAUUUCUAGCAAAUGUCAAUAAAAAUUUAGCUGCACUCUACAAUCGCGAGGUAUUCGCCAACUGGCAGCUGGAGAUAAAAGGGCCGAAUGAUUUAUACGCUCUACUGCAGUCAGAGCUGGCCAGUGACGAAAUCAUGAAUUAUAUCCAAAGUAUAGCACCAAAAUAUGCCAAGUUUAAACGCCUAAAAAUCGGCAAUGACCAGCUACAACGCGAAUUGGCCCAAAUACCCGAAACCGGCUACGAAGCAUUGCCGUCCACGGAUCUCAAGUUGAUGUACAUUGUCACCACAAAUAUGGGCGAUAUUUAUAAAAAUACAAAACUGUGCGCUUUUCACGAUCAACGGCAAUGCAAUUUGACCCUGAUACCAGCGGUGCAGAAUAUUUUACAUAACAGUAACAACGUUUCUGAGAUCGAGUAUUACUGGUUGGAAUGGCGCCGCAAAACAGGCAUGGCGGCGAAAGAGGAUUUUGUCAAGUUUGUGGAGCUGUAUAGGAAGACGGCGCAGUUGAAUGGUUUCCCAACACCAUCAGACUUUUGGUUCAAAGAUCUUGAGGAGAAUAGCGCACAGGCUGUCAGCUUAUUGGACCGUUUCAUGCAACGUCUGCAACCACUUUUCCAGCAGUUUCAUGCCCAUGUGCGUGGACAACUGCGUAAGCUGUAUGGCGAAGAGCUGAUACCGCGCGGCAAACCGUUUCCACAAAAUCUAGCCGAGAUUUUCAUAGGCAACGCCUAUCGUCGCGCCGAUCCCGAAUGGUAUAUCGAAUUUCCUUACCCUGAAGUGGGCAUGCCAAACAUAACUGCCGGUCUUCUGCACCGCGGUUUGAAUAAUGCACAGCGUGUUUUCUGGAAUGUCGCGGACUACUUUCGCUCGCUGGGCAUGCCGCAAAUGGAGGACACAUUUUGGAUGCAGAACGUUCGUCCAAAGGCCGAUUUAGACGAGGAAAGUAUGCGUUGCUGGCAUAAAGCGUGGAAGUUCUACGACACACAGCGGGUUAAUUUCUCCUAUUGUCCUUUGGUGGACGAGGAACGCUUCUUUAAUAUGUUCGAGGCACUCACCGACGUCUACUACUAUCGCGCUUAUGAACACCAGCCGACACUCUUUGCCGAAGAACCUUUUCCGCAUUUCAGUGAUGCUUUGGGAAAAAUGUUCUCGCUGGCGGCCUCCUCGCCACGUUAUUUGGAGAAGCUGAAGAUUUUGGAUCGCGGUCUAGUGUCUAAAGAAUUGAGGAUUAAUCGACUUUAUUGGCAGGGUCUUCGUACCAUCUUUUUGCUGCCUGUAUUUUACGUUUUGGACCAUUAUAGGGUAGAUGUGCUGGAUGGGCGUCUAAAAAUUUCCGACAACUGCGCCUAUUGGCAGCUAACAAGCGAUUUUACAGGCGCGGAACCACCAGUGAGUAGAAGUAAUGCAGAUUUUGACGCACCAGCUAAACUACUGGUGGAAGUGGAUGAUCAAUAUACCAGUCAAAUAAUGAGUACUGUGUUGCAAUAUCAAUUCUACGAGCACUUCUGUGAAAUAUCUGGCCAAUAUAGACCGGAUGAUCACAAUUACCCACUGGAUUUAUGUGAUCUAUCAAAUCAACGUCAAAUCGGGCCCUUGGUGAUGCAGGCGAUGUCUUUGGGCUCAUCCAAGUCCUACAAAGAUAUUCUGCAAAUAAUGACAAACGCAUCAGAAAUCAACAUAGAUGGUUUACUGGCAUACUAUCAGCCUUUGUACGAGUGGCUGGUGGAGCAAAAUCGCAUAGAUGGUGUGGAAGUUGGUUGGGCGCCAACGACAAAGUGCAGUCCCGAAAAUGGCGCAGUGUAAUUUAUGUGAGCCAAAUGAUAACACUUUGCUCAGGGGGUUAACGAGGCAAACGGCUAACUAAAAAUGGUAGCAUACUUUCAGGCGCAUUUGGUUGAAUUGGGUUCGCACAGAGUGAUUUUUCAAUUUCGAAGUUAAAAAAUUUUUAUAUACUUGAAACAGAAAUAAACUCACACACACAUGCAUGCAUA